CUCCGAGCCAAGAGAGAAAUCGUGUGACUACGGAAAAGCAAAGUGUCUGAGUCGAAUUGGAAAAGUACACUAUUGCAGAAUUGUGACCAAUUCAACAUAGCAAAGACCCUGGAUAUGGCUACGUCUAUACUUGGGGAAGAACCACGAUUUGGAACUACACCUCUAGCUAUGCUGGCUGCUACUUGUAACAAAAUUGGCAAUACCAGUCCCCUUACCACUCUACCUGAUUCCAGUGCUUUUUCAAAAGGCGGAUUUCAUCCUUGGAAAAGAUCCUCCUCUAGUUGCAACUUGGGAUCCAGUCUCCCUGGAUUCACUGUAGCAACAAGCCGCGGAUCGACCGGACUAACAUCAACUACUGGCACAGGCAACAGCGCGUUCUGCUUAGCCUCCACCUCCCCGACCACAUCUGCGUUUUCCACAGAGUACAGCAGUCUCUUUUCCAACUCAGCAAGCAUUUCGUCUCAAGAGUCUGGGCAAUCAGCCUUCAUAUCCAAAGUCCACACAUCAGCAGAAACCUUGUACCCGAGGGUAGGGAUGGCACAUCCGUAUGAGUCGUGGUACAAGUCUGGUUUCCAUUCAACCAUCUCGGGCGAUGUUACUAAUGGGGCGUCCGCGUGGUGGGACGUUCAUACCAACCCUGGCUCAUGGCUCGAGGUCCAAAACCCUGCAAGCUCGCUGCAGACCUCCCUGCAUUCCGGGACCCCCCAAGCCAUACACUCUCAGCUCAGUGGCUAUAACCCUGACUUCUCCACUUUGACACACUCGGCAUUCAGCUCAACCGGUAUAAGUCCCACGGCAUCGCAUCUUCUAUCAACCAGCCAACACCUGUUAACACAAGAGGGAUUCAAAACAGUCAUUCCAACAUACACGGACGCCUCUGCCGCCAACGCUAUGAUUUCAGGUUCCAGUUCUGGUUCCUCAAGGUCAUCCAGGAGGUACUCUGGCAGAGCCACGUGCGACUGUCCGAACUGUCAGGAGGCUGAGCGGCUGGGGCCUGCGGGGGCCAGCCUCCGGAGGAAAGGACUUCACAGCUGUCACAUUCCAGGCUGCGGUAAGGUGUAUGGCAAAACCUCUCACCUUAAAGCCCAUUUGAGAUGGCAUACUGGCGAGCGGCCAUUUGUCUGCAAUUGGCUUUUUUGUGGCAAAAGAUUUACAAGAUCAGAUGAACUUCAGAGACACCUCCGUACCCACACCGGCGAGAAAAGGUUUGCUUGCCCAGUAUGCAACAAGCGCUUUAUGAGGAGCGACCAUUUGAGCAAGCACAUUAAAACCCACACUGCCGGUGGUGGUGAAGGCAAAAAGGGAAGCGACAGUGACACCGACACCAGUAACCUGGAGACCCCCAGGUCCGAGUCCCCAGAACUCAUUUUAGACGGGGUAAACCCCAGAAUCAAGGAUCCAUCUCCUCAUGACGAGCACUGAAUGGCUGUUAUUUGAAUGACCUUGAAACUAACUUUAUAAAGCAAAUGACCAGUAGGUUAUCAAAACUGGUACAUGUAUUAAAACGGGUCUGGGUUUGAGAGAUAGUAUUGGAGGAAAAUACGAUUUUACGCAAAGCAUUUGAAAACAAAAAAUAAUUCAAACUUAACACCAUAUUGAUUAUGUUUAACUCGUUAUUCACCAUCAAACGAAAAGCAGAAUUAUUCUAUAUUAUGUGAAAAUGACAUAACUAUAAAGCUGUCAACUUAAAAAUGAACCGCGGGGUACUUUUUACGAUCAGUGCUUAAAAGGGGCGAGCUAACCCAAAUGAACUUGGUUGGCCCAUGUGAGUCGCCAUCAUAUUGUACAUAUUGACAACAAACAAUGUGUUAUUUUCAUGUAAAUGUGAAUUAUGAUUGUUUUAUUCGUGUUUGGGAUCCUGAAAUUCAGGGAGUUUACUUUCAACGCACUUUGUGGAUAUGUAUGUACACAGCUUUUUAAAUUCAGUUAACCAUUUCAUUUCUUUGCUAAAAAAAUAUAUAAAUGUUUACUUGUAUAAAGUCACACGUAUAAGACUUUCAUUUUGUCAUAAUUAAAACGAUCUAAAAUCUGAGGCAGCAGUCGUGUGAUGGGAAUGUUUCACUGUAUUGGGUCCCAUACUUGUUUUCAUUAUGCGAAAUGAAAAUAAAUUAUGAACCAAGGUAUUUUAUGUGAUGGUAGAAAUGGUAAAAAUGAACGAUUGCCAAACCUAAAAUGUAGAUAGGCAAGAGUGUUCCUUUACAUAAAAUCAAUCAUACAUUGCUGAUAUAGGCAAUCGCACAUUGACGUGCAUUCUCUCUGAGGAAUAAAUCAAUAGUUAAUGCCCCGGAAAAGACAUUUCAUGCC